UGGAGUGGCAGACUCGAACACAGCGAUAGGAACCGUGUACGGGGGCACAAAGCCCAUUCGGGAACCCCCAACCACAAAGUGGUACGUCUCGAAGGAGGAAUACCCGGAAGAUAGCUUCCCAGACUACAUGUCUGGAUGGCUAUAUCUGAUCACCCCAGAUGCAGCUGCCAAGAUCGUAGUCGCUGGUAACAAGCAGCCCUUCUUCUGGGUGGACGAUGCCUUCGUCACGGGGGUGCUGCGGCACCGUGAGGGGCUCGACAUAAAUAUGAUCGACUAUGAACGUUUGUGGAUGUUUACGGAAAACGACCAGCGCUUCAGUGCCUUUACCAUGGAGAUGACUUGCGUCUACGAGUGCGCCGCUGAAGUCCAGGCCUCAGUCUCCCACUGCAACAUGAUGAUCGGACCUGUUGGGGACAACAGCGUGCUGCUGCGACUCUUCUACCAGCACACCCUGUACUGCCACAGACAUGGCUGUACGCUACGCAGUCCCCAGCCACACGCCUGCGCUCACCACAGCUGGGGUAGCAAGCGUGUGAACAUGCCCAGAGACGAAGAAGACCUUGGUGACGUCACCAGCUAGCGAGUCGCCAGCAGAUCAUGCUGCAGACCCAGCAGAAUGUUGUUGGCAUUGCCGAACUUGAGCCGCUAACGGCGUCGAGCCAGCGACUAUCCAUUGUCCCGGCUGAGCGAGCGGUAGGGACGGUCACCAGCCCGCUGCCAAGAAAAUGGCAGCGACCGUACGUGGAGAACUGUAGGGGGAUGUGGGUGUUCGGGCAAUGCCAAGCCAUCGCCCCAGUGCGCCUACUUGGC